UCGAUUUGUUCUGGGCUCGGCAGCUCUUUUUGGUAGCAGGCAGCCAUCUUACCUGGAGCCUGAGAAAGGGAGAAGAGAGACAGAAGGAACGGGUGACACUGGUCUCAGGGCCGCCCUGGGGGCCUCAAGAGCCGGAGGCAGCCCCAGAGGUGGUCCUCGGUCCUAGACUAAGCUCUUGGACCCAAGAAGGGAAGGCGGAGGGCGGCUGUGGCAAGCUGGGUGGGAAAUGUCAAGCAAGAAUUGCUGGGCGGGGGACUCACGUUGCCAUGGAGACCGGGAAGGGGCGGGGUCAAGUCUGAAUAGCUGCUGUGAGUCACUGGGGCGCUGCCCAGGAAGGAAAGGGCUGGGGUGAUGACCAUGGUGACAGUAUUAUGGGGAUUUCGCGACAUCUCGGGUCUGGAGGGACUCAGUGUCAAUAGCAACAGUCACCUGGCAGACAGGGUGGAACUAGAUGCCUUUUCUUGGGAUGCUGACAUUCCAAGCCCUUGUCCUGCAGGCUCCCGCAGGCGGACACGCCAGAAGAGGAAGCCGGGGAAUGGCCGCUGUGUGGCAGCAAGUCUUAGCAGUGGACGCGAGGUACAACGCCUACCGCACACCAACGUUUCCACAGUUUCGGACCCAGUAUAUUCGCCGGCGCAGCCAGUUGCUGCGGGAGAAUGCCAAGGCUGGGCACCCCCCAGCAUUGCGCCGGCAGUACCUGAGGCUACGGGGCCAGCUGUUGGGCCAGCGGUACGGACCUCUCUCUGAACCAGGCAGUGCUCGAGCCUAUAGCAACAGCAUCAUUCGUAGCAGCCGCACCACCCUUGACCGAAUGGAGGACUUUGAAGAUGAUCCUAGAGCCUUGGGGGCUCGAGGGCAUCGCCGUUCUGUUAGCCGUGGCUCCUACCAGUUGCAGGCGCAGAUGAACCGUGCAGUCUAUGAGGACAGGCCUCCUGGCAGUGUUGUUCCCACAUCAGUGGCAGAAGCAAGUCGGGCCAUGGCUGGAGACACAUCGCUGAGUGAGAACUAUGCCUUUGCAGGCAUGUACCAUGUCUUUGACCAGCACGUGGAUGAAGCAGUCCCAAGGGUGCGCUUCGCCAAUGAUGACCGGCACCGCCUGGCCUGCUGCUCACUGGAUGGCAGCAUCUCCCUAUGCCAGCUGGUGCCUGCCCCACCUACUGUGCUCCGAGUGUUGCGGGGCCAUACCCGCGGUGUCUCCGACUUCGCCUGGUCCCUCUCCAAUGACAUCCUCGUGUCCACCUCUCUCGAUGCCACCAUGCGCAUCUGGGCCUCCGAGGACGGCCGCUGCAUCCGGGAGAUCCCUGACCCCGAUGGCGCCGAACUGCUGUCCUGCACCUUCCAGCCCGUCAACAACAACCUCACUGUGGUGGGGAAUGCCAAGCAUAACAUACAUGUCAUGAACAUCUCCACGGGCAAGAAAGUAAAAGGUGGCUCCAGCAAGCUGACAGGUCGUGUCCUCGCUCUGUCUUUUGAUGCUCCUGGCCGUCUGCUCUGGGCAGGUGAUGACCGUGGCAGUGUCUUCUCCUUCCUCUUCGAUAUGGCCACAGGGAAACUAACCAAGGCCAAGCGUUUGGUGGUACAUGAGGGCAGUCCAGUAACCAGCAUCUCUGCUCGCUCCUGGGUCAGUCGUGAGGCCCGGGAUCCCUCACUUCUCAUCAACGCUUGCCUCAGCAAACUGCUGCUCUACAGGGUGGUUGACAACGAGGGAACCCUGCAGCUAAAGAGAAGCUUCCCCAUUGAGCAGAGCUCGCACCCUGUGCGUAGCAUCUUCUGCCCUCUCAUGUCCUUCCGCCAGGGAGCCUGUGUGGUGACAGGCAGUGAAGACAUGUGCGUGCACUUCUUUGAUGUGGAGCGAGCAGCCAAGGCUGCAGUCAACAAGCUGCAGGGCCACAGUGCGCCUGUGCUUGAUGUCAGCUUCAACUGUGAUGAGAGUCUACUUGCCUCCAGUGACGCCAGUGGCAUGGUCAUCGUUUGGAGGCGGGAGCAAAAGUAGGGUCUUGUCAGCCCUGCCCUCCCCACUGUCCCAUCACUCUCACUUCUUCCUCCCUCCCUCCCCCUUCCAUCCUUGUCCUGUAAAUAAAGCUGUGCUUAUGGUGAGGGCCAGUUCCCAGGUCUGCCAGGAAGUGGCCUCAAGGGAACUCUGGGACCCAUAGGUAAACAGAGGCCCCAUCCUCAUUCAUGCAGUGAUGUGUUCAUUCAGCAAGCACUUCCUGGGUACCUCCUGUCACAGUGUUUCCCAGAGCCAUGCAUUCAGCAGACACACUGAGCACUGAUGGUAUGCCAGGAACUAUUUUAGCUGGGGACAUAGCUGUAACCUAAACUGACAGAAAUCCUUACCUUUGUGGGCCGGCACACCACACAAUAGAAAAAGUCCCCAACUUAGGGUGAUACAACGUACAAUUUUUCAACAUUCUGAUUUUUUGACUUUCUAAUGGUGCAAUAGUGUAUCCAUGUAGCUAGUCUGUUUUGUUUUUCACUUUCAGUGUAGUAUUUGAUACAUGACAUGAACUAGUCAACACUUCCUUAUAAAAUAGACUUUGUGUUACAUAACUGCCCAGCCGAAUGCUAAUGUUAAGUGUUCUUGGGCAUGUUUAAAGCAGGCUAGGCCAUGCUAGGGUGUUUGGUAGCUUGGAUAUACGAAAUACAUUUUUAACUUAAGGUAUUUUUAACUUCAGAUAGGUUUAUUGGGAUGUAACCCUGUCAUAAGUCAAGGCCAAUAGUAAUGAUAAUAGACUAGCUAAAGAUGUAGCAAGGAAGGGAGGUGAAUUAUAGGAGUAGGGUUGGGCUCUUUUGAUGAUGUCAUCAAGGGAAGACAUUCCUGACAGAGUGGCACUGAGACAAGGGCUUGAGUGAAAUAAGAAGGAAGCUAUAGUGUGACAGGGAGAAGAACCUUCAACACAGAGAAAAUCUAGUGCAUAGGCAUUGAGGGAAGAAUAUUUUCGAAGGAUCCUUGUACAGGCCAGAGCAUGGCUGGCUUACAGUGUAAUAGAUAACCAGAUGAGAAGGGCCAGGUGCUGUAGGGCUUUUUGGGCCAUGCUGAGGAUCUUGGCUUUUUUUCCUGAGGGAGGGAGGAGGGUGGUAGUACAGGAGUUAGGGGAGGAAAAAAUAUUGAAGUCUACUCUAGGGAUUUCAUGAUAUUAUAUUGUAAGACUCAGGAGGACUAAGACUUCUAGAUUCCCAACAGAGUCAUUUCUAUGUAUCCAGCCCCACACUUGCCAAUGCACUGGGAUGAUUCCCCAAAGCAGGAAGCAGAGGUGUCAAGUUUUUGGAGUGCCAUGCCAGUAUGGGGGCAGUGAUAGUCCCUGAGGCUGAGCUAGGGCUCCUUCUAUGGGGUAGAGGCAAUGGGGAAAUCUCUCAAGACCACCCUUAUCUCCUCCCAUGUCCACUCAGGGCCAAAAUUCCAGCCCUGGAAUGGAUCAGAGACAAAGGAAUGUUCAUUAUUGGAGGGGAUUUCCAAGUGAGGAGAGAUUACUCGGAUAUUGUUAUCCAAAUCCCUUGUCAGCCAGAAUUACCAGGAAAUAUCAAAGAAAUUCUCACUCCAGCUCCUCCCAAGUCUGCAUGCUGCCUCUUAUGCAUCAGUUUCAACGAACACCUUAGGACUUUAGAGUCAGUCUAUAGAAUUAGAUACUCCAACUUGGUGGCCGAAGGUUUCUGAGCAAUGGAACUCAUAUCAUCAGUCCCUUUGAGGAUGGACAUGAAUCUCAUGUUUGUUCACUCUAUUAUUUGCUAGUAUGGUUACUUGCAGCCCAAAGCAUUUCUAACUGGAACUACCCAUAGGAUCUAUUCCAUGGUAAGGUAAAUGGUGAUGACCUAAGUCUAUCCGUGAGGUGGAUUGUUCAUAUUUGUGCCAGCAUCUCAAAACAAAGCUGAAAGCUCAGGAAUGUCUCAAGACUCAGCAUAUGGUUGCAUUCAUGGCUGUGAUUUAGUAUAGCUAAAAGAAUCAGUGAAGGGAAAUGAUGUAUGGGACCAAAGGGGGGGCGGGCAAGGGAGAUCAGGCACAAGUUCAUAAGAGUCCUCUCUUCCUGGACCCAUUCAGGAUGUGCUCACUUCCCCCAUGUACUGUUUGACAGGCAUGUAACCAAAUUCCACACUCCUGAAAGGAAAUCAAGUGUUCAGCAUUAACCCCAUUGCUUAUGUAAGUAGUUUAGACAUAGUGAGCUAGUUACUAUGGGGAAUAGUGGGAAUACUUCUGAAAUGUAAGUAAAUGCUCAGACACCAUUCAAAGUCUAGCCUUGAAGAAAGUCUUCCCAUGGAUAGUUCAGACCUGCAUGUUGACUCUUCUCUCCAUAGCCUGUAACCCCAGAUAGGCAAUCACUUUCCUCCAGGGUCUAUAGGUAGCAAGAGAAUUUGGGGGAACUUAAUUUCUUUAUGUUGUUUUUUGAGUCUAGAUUCAGGAUGAUUGAUCAUGAAUAUUGUUGUGCAUGAUUUGGGGGGAGGGAGUUCCUCUUUGUGAAAUUUCUGAGGUGGCAGAGUUGAUCUUAAAUUCAUCUGGAUGAUAAUUUUCCUGACACCCCAGUCCAAGGGGAAAUAAAUACUGAGUAAACAAUAAAAAGUUAAAACUAGUGUUAUU